GACAAACGCAUUAUCAUCACUAUUAUUCAUGGUGAUGAAUAAAAAAGAAGCUUAUCCACCACUUUUAAUAUUGUCGUGUACAUAUUCAUCGAUCUUAGCAAUCUAUCCUUUAACCCUUAUCGAUUUUAGCAUGUUAUCUUUUCCACAUGAUUGCAAUACAAACCCUAUGUCACGAACCAUCGAACACCACCGUGUUCUAUGGAUCUAAACACGAUCAACAAAUGUUUAAAUCCCAUCACAAAAAGAAAAAAAACCAUUCUUCUUCUCGGAGCCUUAGGCUUUACAACUUACGGCGCUUACAAACUUUACAAUUCUCCAUCCAUCGUUAACAACCGAAAGAAAGCAUUAAAGGUCUUAACGGCGUUAGCUUCCGUCAUCGAAUUCUUCGGCGAAUCGGCCGAAACGUUAACCGUUAUCUCUAACGACCUGAAAAGCUUUAUCCAAUCAGAUUCUGAUCAAAUCCCAUGUAGUUUGAAGCAAGUGUUCAAGAUUACAAACUCUGAUGAGUUUGUUGAGUCUGUUAUUACGGUUACAACGGCUUUAACGGUUGGGAUAUCACGUGGGUAUCAUGUUGGGCCUGAAAAAGCCCAUUUAGGCCCAAGUUUUGCAGACAAGGCUUUGGAUAAGUUGUUUUCACCAGCUGGUACUGGUUUUGCUGCUGUUGUUGUUGGUAGUUUUUCAAGGAAUAUGGUUAUGGGGUUAUAUACUGUUAAUAAUGCUGAUAGGGGGGUUGGUACCGGGUCGGGUGACCCGGGUUUGAGAUGGGUUGAUGUGGUGUGUGAUGAUAAGUUUAGGAAGUUGAUUGGGGAUUGUAUACAACAGUUUGUGACCACUAUGGUGAGUGUUUAUCUUGAUAAAACAAUGGAUAUAAAUACUUAUGAUGAGAUUUUAGCAAGUUUGACGGACCCGAAACAUGAAGAACAAGUUAGAAGUUUGAUGAGUUUGAUUUGCAAUGGGGCUGUUGAGACAUUUGUCAGGACUUCACAUCAAGUUUUGACAAAUUCAAAUUCAAAUUCAAAUGCAACUUCUUCAUAUUUAAUCAGGCAAAGUUCGUCUACUAUUAGUAAGGUUUUCGAGAGGAAAGAACUCGUGUUGAGUAAACUGAAGACGAACGCUGUUCUUGGUUUAACAAGAAGGGUGACACUUGCAACUGUCAAGUCUUUUUUGGGAUUUAUGUUAAGUAGUGUAUCCGAGGGUAUGAAAACAAGGUUUCUUGAAGCUUACAGGUAUCUAAAUGCAAAAUCUUUGGUUGUUAUGACCGUAUGGAUAUCGAUGUAUUUGCACAUGAUUAGCGGACCAUGGAGUUUGAUGCAAGUCUAGCAUAAAGUUUAGUUUUUGUGUUUGAUCAUGUAAAUAUAUGUUGUUUUCAUUAUUAAAGAAUCGCGAAAUAACAAAAUACAUAAAUAAAGAUAGAAUCUAUUUCAUGGGUU